AUGAUUCAGUAUAACAUUGCUUCUAUAUCUACCAGAUCCACAGGCUCAGGAUUAAAAAUUCAUGAUUUACAAAUGGCAUGUCGUUUAGGUGACUUAGAUGCAAUAAGAGAAGCUUAUAGGGCAAACCCAGACUCUAUUAAUAUAAAAGACGACAGUCUGGGAUGGACUCCUUUAUAUAGGACAAUAAUAUCAGGGAGCAUCAACGCAGCCGAAUUUUUAUGCUUAAAAAGUAAAAUUACUAUAAAAUUAUGAUAAUUUAUUUUCUAUUUUUUAUUACGAAAUUGCGAUUUAUAGUAAAAAAUAAAAGAAAAAUUUAUCAUUAAGGUUAUAUUAAAACGCAAUGCUAAUCCUAAUAUCAAAAAUAAUUUAGGUGAAACUCCAUUACACCAAACAGCUGAUAAUUCUCAAUAUGGACUUGCGGAGCUACUAUUAAAAUACAAAGCAGACCCAAAUAUCCAGCAAAAUGAUGGGGAUACCCCGUUACACCAUGCAGCUUAUCGAGGAGAUACCAAAAUGGUCGAAAUUUUAUUAAAAAAUGAUUCAGAUCCAAAUAUCCCAAAUUUUAUGUUUGGCCGAACACCGCUACAUUAUGCAGCUGACAAUAACUAUUUAGAAACUAUGAAAACUUUAUUAGAGUUUGGAGGAGAUCUAUAUUAUUCUGAUAAACAAGGUAAAACACCGAUUGAUCUUAUUGAUGAUAAAACCUCAGCCAAUUUUUUAAAAAAUAUAUGAAUAAGAAAUAGAAAAACGAAUGAAGAUAUUCGGCCUGUCCUAAAUAGUGAUGUCGGGAUUGAGCCUGAAUGUGAGGUAAGCGAAAUCAGAAAAGAAGAAAAACCCUUAUAUAUUUGACUAGAAAAAUAUAAUUUACAAGACAUGUAUGACAAACUCUGUGAAGCUGGGUUUGAUGACCUAGAAAACAUUGCUUCACAAAUGCAAUCUUCACUACCACUCAAAAUCGAUGACUUAAAAAGGAUUGGAAUCGCAAAAAUCGGGUACAUCUAUAAGUUUUUGCUUAAUAUCAAUCACGAUUCUUCCUCAAUAACUACACACAGUUCACUAUUCAAAUCAAGUACUCAUUUUCACCCUUGUGGAUGCUGCUCUACAAAGAAAAAUACAGAAAAGAAGAAAAAAGUGCCGACACUGAAGGUUUGGCUUGAAAGUUUAAAUUUGUCAGAGCUAAAGGACAAGUUUGAAGAAGCAGGAUUUGAGGACUUUGAAACAAUAAUUAGGCUGAUGAAUUCAAAAUAUCCUGUUACUGAUUCAUUAUUAGAAGAAAUUGGGAUUCAGAAGUUAGGGCAUAGGAUAAGGAUUUUAGCGAAUUUACAAGAUGCUGAAAACACAAAAGAACUAAAUAGUAGUUUUAUUAUUGAUAGAACAAGCAAUAAAACAUCAUGCGAAAAAUGUAUUUUAAUGUAA